AUAAAUGGUUUGUCCGGAGAGACUUGUAAUGGCAGGAGAGAGAGAGAGAGAGAGAGAGAGAGAGAGAGGAUUAAAGUUUCAGAACAAUCCCCGUCAGUUGCCAUUGCAAGAAACCGAUCUCUCCUGGUAGAGAUCUCUAGUACGUAAAUGGCGGAAGAUCACGAAUUGGUUUCGUCGCGCUCUCAGUCUACUUCUCCUUUUCCCUCUCAUCCUUCAUCGUCGUCUUCUUCUGCUGCUACUACCCAGAAAUCUACCUCCGAAGACAUUCUCCCGCAAUCUCAGGUUCCACUAUUCUUCAGUUUUCCAGCUUGCCAAAAUGGUGCUUUUCCGAUGUUUCCAGUCAUGUACCCUGCUCUUAUUCCAGGCUUAAAUCCCUUACAAAAUCAGGAACAGAUUAAUCGUGGAGCUGGCAUUUAUGCCGUUCCUACUUUCCCAUAUAUGGGGCCUGUUUCUGGACUUCCAUCUAACGCUCUUAUUCCUCUUACCUACAAUAUACCAACUAGACACGGUCCUGAGGCUGGGGUUGGGGCUGUGGGUGAAGAACAUAGGGAAGCAGGGCAACAGCCUGCACCUCAAAGACAAGUCAUUGUAAGGAGAUUUCAAAUUGCUUUUCAGCUUGAUUUGUUGCUUAUUCUAAAGCUGGCAGCAGUAAUCUUUUUGUUCAACCAAGAUGGAUCAAGACACAGGCUCAUUGUUCUUGUGUUUUUUGCUUCAUUUGUCUACCUAUACCAAACUGGAGCUCUGACUCCAAUAGUACGGUGGCUGUCACAAGGCAUGCAGAGAGCAGCUGCGCCUCACCAUCCACCAAGGCCUGCUGUCAGGGCUGAAAAUGUUCCAGCUGCUGCAGGACAGGGAGUUGAGAAUGCUGCUGUAGUAGAAGGUCAACCUGGAGCUCAGGUCGAUAAUCAGCAUGCAAAUGAUGGAAAUCUGGUGGUUGAGAAUGAGAAUGUGGCAGAACCUGGUGGGGGCCAUGGUGUUAAUCGUUGGUGGGCAAUUGUGAAGGAGAUCCAGAUGAUUGUCUUUGGUUUUAUUACUUCCCUUCUCCCAGGCUUCCACAACAUAGAUUAAAUCUUACCUUUCAGGUGAGCCCCUUCCAAUCAAUUCAGGAAGCAAAAUUGUUUUUUUCUUUUGUCAAAAGCGUAGUGUUGUAUGGUGCACCAUUUUGGUGGAGAAGCUCUUAUUUCGGAUUUCAAAUGGUGAUGUAGAUGUUAUCUGUAAGUUUUUGUUUUUCCUUGAAGUUUGUGGUGUUAAAUGCGGAGAAUUUUCUGAAAGUAAUGCUAUGUUUGGUUUGUUUGUUUUCC